AUGGUUCCAUGUGCCAAUCAAUUUGAAAUCCAUCCUCACUUCACUCGUGAAAAACUACGGAAAUAUUGUAAAAAGGAAGGCAUCUUUGUACAGGCGUUUGCUUCACUUGCUCGUAUGGCUCCGCAGCUCGUCCAGGAGCCACUUAUUAUUAAAACGGCGAAGAAGUAUAAUACCAAUGUUGCGGCCAUACUUCUCGCUUGGGCGCGCUGUCAAGGUAUUGGAGUCAUACCGAAGUCCACACUGGAGAAUGAGCUGAAGGCAAACAUUGAGAUGACGAAGUUGAAUUUGAGUCAAGAAGAGAUUGAAUCUAUAUCAAAUCUGAAUUUAAACAAGAAUUACAUCGAAUGUUGUGGAUGGUGUGUCACGUAA